AUGGCAGCACCGCAGACGGCUACAGCGUCGGCAUGCAUCCCGGAGACGGCGUGGGGCACGCACGUGUUCACGGUCGCCGGAUACAGGCUGCACAAGGGCCUCGGCGCCGGCAAUUUCAUACGAUCCGCCACCUUUGCCGUCGGCGGCUACGACUGGUGCAUCCGCUAUUACCCCGACGGAUACAGUGCCGACACCAAAGACUAUGUUUCAGUGUGCGUCGAGCUGCAGAGCAGGAAAUCCGUGGUCAGGGCUCUCUACAACCUGAGCCUCACCAACCAGGCCACCGGGAUGCCGUCCUUGAUCUUCUCCCGGCCGAGGUCACUUCCGGCGUUCAACUCCCGCAAGAAGGACAAGGACAUGCAUGUCAAGGGGGCUAGCUGGUUCAUGAAGACGGAGCUCCUCGAGGCAUCCCCGUACCUUCAGGAUGACUGCAUCGUCAUCCACUGCGACAUGACUGUUGUCCUCAGGGAUAUACCUGCCGUCGCCAUGGCCACCACAAAGGCCCCGGAGAUCCAGCUGCCGCCGUCGGACCUGUCCAACAACCUCGCAAAGCUGCUUGAGGGGAAGAAAGGAGCGGAUGUGAGCAUCAAAGUCAGUGGGCAGACCUUCUACGCACACAAGCUCGUGCUCGCGAUGCGGUCACCCGUCUUCGAUGCGGACCUCAACGGGCCAAUGUGGGACAACGAGAAACAGUGCAUACACAUCGAGGACAUGCAACCCGCUGUUUUCAGGGCAUUGCUCCACUUCGUAUAUACAGACUCGUUGCCAGCUGCCAUGGAUGAGAACAAGGAGAUGAUGAGGCACUUGCUUGUGGCUGCAGACAGGUAUGCCAUGGGAAGGAUGAAGCUCAUGUGUGAGAUUAUUCUCUGCAAGACCCUCGAUGCCAAGAGUGUCGUGGCCACUUUGGCUCUAGUUGACCAACAUGGUUGCAGCAAGCUCAAAAAAGCUUGCAUUGAGUAUAUCAAAAUCUUCAACUAG